AUGGAGGCCAUCACGGCGCUGCUGCCGACGCACCUGGUGGUGACCAUCGACACGGAGUUCCCGGGCGCGGUGCACGACUCAGCCACGCCGCGCGACAAGCGGAGCCCGAAAGAAGCCUACACGCUCGUCAGGCGCAACGUCGACCACCUGAAGCACCUGCUGCAGCUCGGCCUCACCCUCUCCGGGCCCGGGGGCAGCCACCCCGUGGUGUGGCAGUUCAACUUCCGGGGCUUCGACGAGAGGCGCGACCCGCACGCGCCGGAAUCCAUCGCCAUGCUCAAGGCCCACGGCAUGGACUUCGCCAGGCUCCGCGAGGACGGCAUCGACCCGGGCGACUUUACCGACGAGUUCAUGCGCUCCGGCCUCAACCACCGCCGCCCGCGCCGGGGCAGGGCCGCCCCCGAGCCCCUCACGUGGGUGGCCUUCUCGGGCUCCUACGACUUCGCCUACCUCGCCAGGAUGCUUUUCCGCCAAGGCACCAAAGGUUUGCCGCAGAAGCUCGAGGACUUCGGAAGGCGCGUGGAGAAGUUCUUCGGCCCGUGGGUGCUCGACGCCAAGUACAUUGCCAAGACCUGCUUCGCCCACAACGCCGGCUCCGACAGCCUUCUCACCGCCGACGUGAUGCUCGCCAUUUUCCUUGACCACAUGAACCCUCAAGAACUUAACUACACUAGUGGCUGA